AUGAGCACUGUCGACAAUGAUUCUGACGAUUCCCAGCUCGAUGAGGAAAUUCGCCAAUCCGCCAACAACUUGGAAGGAAUACGCAAACGCAGACGGCUCAUAGAGCUGCAGACACAGAUUGCGGAUGAGGGCAGAUGGCUGCAAGAAGCGCAGGAACGCCUCAACAACGCUCAGCAAAGCGUGGGCCACGAUGCUUCUGGUUCGACCAGUCGGCAAUCGCCAGUGGUCUCUAAAUCACCUGUCAUCUCGAAGUCGCCCUUAUUCUCUAUUGCUCCUGGCCAAGACAGCGGCGGCGCUGUCGAUGCCUUAAUUAAAUCUGUUCUGAAUUCUACAGGCAAUAAUAUGACGUCUGUCAAUAGCAACACGCCUACAACAAACCAAAUGCGGAUGGUCAACGGGGAAGUGAAAUCGGUGUCAACAGCUCCGGUGAGGUGGGGAAACGACGCCGCUCCUGGAUUUGCCCGAUCGGAAUACUCUCCCUACGGAGAGAAAGAGAGCAACGAACAAAAUUCAUUCUCAACAACAUCUAAUCACUCAUCCCUUUCCGCCGUGGACACACACCCAACCUGCACCUCCUCGUCGAAUCCUAGCCACUCCGCCAAGUCCGCCAGGUCUAAAUUUUGGAUCCUACCGGGGAAGAAAGAAGAUGUGUUAUAG